UGCGCUGCAAAGUCCUCGCGCUGCGUUUUUCCUCGCAACCCAGGCUUGGCCCCCACCAAAAAGACGCUACCAGCUGCAGUGCUUAGCGCUCCCCCAGCGCCCCCGAAUAUAUUCUUUGCCCUCUGCCCACCACCUCCUGCACUUGCCCUUCCCUCUCCUCCAAGACCUUGCCAUCAUACAGACUCCAGCUUGGCGGUAUCUCUUAAUUAUCGCUUCUCUCUGGCUGUUUCUUGUCUCCUUGACGAAUACCAUCUUCGGCACCAUCACCAACCUACAAACACCAGCUCAGCCAACCUUACAUCGUCGCCCACCAUCGUCUCUCGCUUUCUCUCACACGCACACGCUUACACGUCGACGCACUUCAUCCGCCACAUAUUACGGCAACGUACGACCGCGGUCAACCCCAACGGAUAAGCCCAUUCAACCCUGGUAUCCGCCAUCGUUUUACUUUGCCCUCCUCCAGCAGAACUUCCAAAUAGUCAUUUUGGGCUAAAUGAAGUCUGGCACCAAAGGCACAGCUCGCUCCAUCCGCUACUAAUCUACACGGCAUCCUUUAACCGCCCAUUACAAUAUUUCAUUAUUUCCUAGCCCUAGGAAAUAUAACGAUAUUCUGUCUCCUUGGACGCCCCUCUUUGCCUAACGGCACUUCUCAGUCACCUUUUUAACACGCACACUUACGCCCACAAUGUUCAGCCAGAGAACAAGCACGCGGAAGCCCGGCGAUGAAUUGCUCGCCAACUUCAGACAGCAGUUCCCUGAAAUCAGAGCCACCCAAGAGCCUGGUGCUCCUGGUGUUCUCGUCAGCGCAGAUGGCACAGCAGACCCCGCAGCGCUAACGCUUCCGCCAACUUCCGAAACUGCAGUGGCUCCUACGGCUCCUUUCCAUGACCAGGAUCCUACCCCUCGAGCCAACAACGAGCAAUGGCGAUUUACACCGUCGCUCCUCGACCCCAACUCGUUCGCCUACAACUCCUUCAUCAACCCUGCCACAGGCCUCUUCACCCCCAACAUUAGCGGCCCUUCUACAACUCUCCACUCCCAAGCUGGUGACUUGCAUACUCCUACCAUGGCCAUGAUGCAGGGGCUCACUACGCCGUUUGGCAUGUCGGCUGCUGCCGAGGCCUUGCACGGAAACUCCAUGGACAUGGCUGGGUUCCCUCCCGUAGCCCCUCAGAUGCUUGACCAGUUUCAACAGUUUCCUGCGAUUGGCGCACCCCAGACCUUUGCCCCGACUGCAUUUGUGCACCAGGACACAGGCUACGAAACCAUGGAGCAGGACGGUACACCCGACCCCACCGAGGGCAAGAUACCGUCCAUGGCAGCCAUCCGAAGCGGCAUGAACACAACCAUGCAGUCGCUUCCCCUUCCCUCCGCCGCAGAGAAGUUCCGCUUCCACUCGACUCUCAACGCCCCGACCGCCAUGAUUAAGCACGCCGAUGAGAUCCCCAUCACAUACCUUAACAAGGGCCAGGCUUAUGCUCUCUCCGUUGUCGACACUGGUGCAAGAAUGCCACUUCUGCCAGGAACCAAGUACCGCACCUUUGUCCGCGUCUCCUUUGAGGACGAAGAGCAGCGUGCUAAGCCAGGUGUCUGCUGGGGACUUUGGAAGGAAGGCCGUGGCACAAGCGAGUCCCACCAGCGCGGAGGCAAGCUCCAGGCUGUGGAGUAUGUCGAAGCCAACCAACCUCCAGAGGGCGACAACAAACGCACUCGCAUCGAGGUUGAGUCCUCAUCCUUUGACGGAUUUUGCGUUACUUGGACGCCCGGCACAACCGGUGCUCCCGAGGUCAACAUCAACGUUCGCUUCAACUUCUUGUCUACUGACUUUAGCCACUCCAAGGGCGUCAAGGGUAUUCCUGUCCGCCUAUGCUCCAAGACGAGCAUCGUUUCGGUCGAUUCCAACGACACUAUGCCUGAGAUUUGCUUCUGCAAGGUCAAGCUCUUCCGCGACCACGGUGCCGAGCGAAAGUUGUCCAACGAUGUCGCCCACGUUAAGAAGUCGAUUGAUAAGCUAAAGCAGCAGAUUGCCCAAGCGGAAAGCGGUCUCAAGGACACCAAGAGAAAGCGCCAGAGCAUUGCUUCCAAGGCCAGUGUUGACUUGCAAAAGGCAGGUAAGGCACCCAAGCACAAGAGAACGUGGUCCAUGUCCUCGACGAGCUCUGCAUCCAACGCGCCUAGAAUGACACUCGAAGAGGAUCUCCACUUCCGCCUUCAGACUAUGCAGGACAUGUUUACGAGCACCCGCCCUGUUAGCAUUCUCUUCCUCCGCGGCGAAAACGGCGAUGAUGCCGAUCUUAACCCCGUCUCCAUGCCCGGUGAACUUCCGUCCCUCGGACGAGAGGGUCGCCAAUGGCAAGCCCGCAGCGGCCAGAGCUCUGUGCGAAGCUCGCUUGUUUCGCCUUCCCCUAGCUCCCUGUCCUUGGCGUCGCAAGCUUCUGGCCACUGGCAGAACUUUGACUCCAAUAAUGUCACAGCUGUGAACAAGACGGACGAUAGUGGCACAUUGAGUGGCUGGAUCGAGGCGCUCGGUGUUGACCCUUCAUACCGCCCGCCCCGUGAACGCAGCCCCCGACCCAUUGCCUGCGUCUACAUUCUGUGCGACGACGCCAGCGACGCAUCCAAGCGCGAGUAUCACCGUGCUGUCUACCUCAUGCAGCGCACAUUGACUGAGCUUAACCGCCAGAUUGCCAGCAAGUGGAAUCUCGACCAGGCCAAGAUUCAACGCACUAUUCGAGUCCUUCCAAACGGCCUUGAGGUGGAGCUCGACGAUGAUGCUGUAAAAGAGCUCAAGGAGGGCCAAGACAUGCGCAUGGAGAUCAAGAAGACGACAGCGAACGGCAUCAAAAACGAGACCUCUAUGGAAGUCGACGAUGACGCCGUCAGCAGCAUUGUCAUCCGCCUCACGUUUUAAAUCGACACAUCGAAAAACACACACAAACAAGAGCUCAGUGAGCUCAAUGCACGUUAAACCUUGUUCAAUUCUCGACUCUAUUCGCCUUUUUUUUUUUCAUUUAUUCGGCGGUGUGCUCCAUAUAACACCCCGUCGGCCUUUAUAUUUUACGGACAUUACGUACGGCAUCACGUACAGAAAAUUGGAAAACGCUUUGGGAAGCGAGCCCUCAGCCGCCAUGAACCUGGCUGGGGUAGCAUGUAAUGAGUAUAGUUUUUGUUUUUGCAUACUAGGGCAAUGGGGGCGUAUACGACGAACAAAACUGGAGCUGGCUGACCCGAUGAUCAGUGGUGGUAAUAAUUGGGAGGUUGUAAUGUAUUUUAGCUUUUUGUAUGUUGGGUCAGGAGUCUGGAUAGCCCUAAGGCACUAUGGAAUUGGAUAACUAGGCAGAGAUAAUGACACAGAAAGACAUUGAAUCUGCACUAAGACGGACCCUUUGGCGUAAUCUGCGUGUCUUGAGUGGGAGCUAAACAAGGGGGAGUGUUUAUAAUUGGUUAUACCUUGUAGGCAAACAUUUCCGGGCUUCCGAGCGUGAAGUAUUCUGUAUAUGACAGUUGAUGCCCCCGGAAUGUCUUGCGUACAAAACCAGGAAAUCGCAAGCAAGGGUACAGGGGGAAUGCGCGGGAGGUGGCAGUGCAGAUAGCGCUGGUGGACCUCCAGCGGACUGGCAUGAGGCUCUCCUACUGGAACAAGUAAUAGAGAAGGAAUAGCGGCCGGCGCGGCGUGUUAGCGUCAGGGGCGG